ACAAGUUGAAGGGUGCUCGCCUUACCUGACCGUGUCGACGUCUGCGGGUUGAUCUCCGGCAUGGGUAUCGAGGCAUGGUACAUGGACAGCUCUGAUGAGGACCAGAGGAAGCCCCACCGACUGCAGCCGAACCAGGCGGUGUCCCUGGAAGAGCUGAAGCAGCUCGGGGUCUGUUACUGGAAGCUGAAUGCUGAUAUCUAUGAGAAUGAUCCAGCUCUGAAGCAAAUCCGUGAAGACCAGGGUUACUCCUACAUGGACAUCAUAACCAUCAAGAAGGACACACUGCCAAACUAUGAGGAGAAGUUGAAGAUGUUUUUUGAGGAGCACCUCCACCUGGACGAUGAGAUCCGUUACAUCCUGGACGGCCAGGCCUACUUCGACGUCAGGGACAAGAAGGACCAGUGGAUCAGAAUCGCCAUGUCCAAGGGAGACCUCAUCACCCUGCCGGCCGGCAUCUACCACCGCUUCACCCUGGAUGAGACGAACUACACCAAGGCCAUGAGGCUGUUUGUGGGGGAGCCGGUGUGGAAGGCUUACAACAGACCCGCCGACGAGUAUGAGAUCCGUCAGAAGUACGUGGCGUCGCUGCAGGGCUCCUGAGAACCCAGAGGGUCGCUGCUUAACACCUCAUGUGACUGAGGAAAGCCCAACGAUCAAAAAUUUUAGAAAGCUCCGAGAGUGAUUACAAAACAGCAACACUUCACAGGGAUGCAUUUUACUAUUAACUUAGACAAUCAGAGCUGUUUCCAAUGACUUAACAAAAAAAAAAAAAAGAAAAUUCCAUAUUUUAAACUGCAUCCACUAAGGAUGUGACACCUGUUAGUGAGAGGAACACACCUGCUCAGGACUGUUAUGGUAGCAAUAGAGAAU